AUGAAACAUGAGGGUGGUGGUGAUAUUUCACUUAAUGGUUUCCAUGAUGAAGCUAUAAAUAGGAAGGAUUCUGUGCUAGGCGAUGGUGAUCUACAGAAUGGCAAAUAUCAGAAGAAGGAAAAGAAGAAGAGAAAAUUGGAAUCUGGUGGAAAUAAAAACAUCUUGGAUGAAACGACAACUGUAGAAGAAGAAGGGAAUAGGAGCUUGGAAACAAAUGCUUGCAUAAAUUUAGAGAGUGAUAUCGAGUUCAAGCCAAGAAAAGACAAAAGAAAGAAGCAUGAGGAGAAGAGAAAGCAAAAUGGAAGUGUUACUGUUUCAUCUUCCGUGAAAAUUCUUGAAAAUGAGAUUACAGGUAAAGAUGAGGGAGUUAAGGGGCACAGAAGCUCUGAGAAAGAAGAUAUCAUUAAAAAGAAGAAUGGAAAGAAUGGGUUACUAAAAGAAAGAAGAAAAAAUGGAGAAAGGAUAAUGAGGAUUGUGAAGUUGCGGGGAAAAGAAAAGCCCAAGAUGGACAGUGAGGCCAAAAAGGAUAAUAUUUGCACGAGGAAGAAGGGCAAAGAAGUUGAAAGUGGUUUCGAAAAUCCCAAAGGUAAAAGAAAAUUGAAGAAAGUUAGGUUUUCUGAUCAUGUGGAAAUUAACCUUUGUCAGAUGUUCCAAGUACUGGGAAGGGAAAAACCUGGGAAGACAACUUAG